AUGGGCAUGAAUCGCAACCCUGACCCCAACACCAUCAUCGAAGGCGUGGACGAGGCCGGGAGGGGACCACUGGCAGGCCCCGUGGUUGCGGCAGCGUGCAUCAUCCCCCCAGACGUGACCAUCCCUGGGUUGGAUGACAGCAAAGUGAUGAGCGAGGAGGGGCGGGAGACGGCUUACGACCUCCUUACGCAACACCCAGCCGUCGAAUGGGCCGUGGCUGUGGUGCCAGUGGAGGUGAUUGACGGCAUCAACAUUCUGCAGGCCGCUCUGAAGGCCAUGGUCGAGGCUGUGGACGCCCUACCAACGGGGUACCCAGAUUACGUCCUGGUCGAUGGCAACCGAUUGCCCAAGGACAUGGACAGGGAAAGGAGCGCCGCCAUCAUCAAGGGUGACAGCAAGAGCAUUCCCAUCGCCGCAGCCUCCAUCCUCGCCAAGGUUUUCUGCUGGCUGUGGGGGCAUGGGUCGACAAACUGCGACACGCCUGAGUCACUGAUGGUGACGCGCGACAGGCUGAUGGUGAGCUUGCACCAGCAGCACCCCGAGUACGGUUUCGACCAGCACAAAGGGUAUGGCGUGCCGGCCCACAUCGCAGCCAUUCGGCAGCAUGGGCCAUGCCCCGCGCACAGGCGCACCUUUGCCCCCGUGAAGACCUGGUGGCCGGUGGCCAAGGGUGCAGAGGCGUCGAAAGCGUGA